GAGCAUAGCCAUAAUGCCCUCGGUGGCUGCAUACAAUAACAGAGCCCAAGCGGGGAUCAAACUCAAGCAAUUUCAAAAGGCCAUGAACGACUGCAACAGUGUAUUGGAUCUAGAACCCUGCAACGUGAAAGCUUUAUUACGACGUGCCGCUGUGCACAAUGAAAUGGGUAACUUCCAAAUGGCUGUUGAAGACCUGACAGUGGUGCUGAGAGAAGAGCCACAAAAUGUUGCAGCCACUCAACUUCUGGCUGAAACUACAAAGAAGGUGAAAGAGGUGCGACACGGAAAAGAGAGAAAAGGCAAAAAAAUAAUCAUCCAAGAGGAGCAGGAGGAGGAUUUCCAAGAGACAAUAUUGGAGCAGACUCGUGAUUGUCCGGUUGAACCCAGCCAGAUUGUGGGAGGGGACGGCUGCUCAGCUGCUCCUGCGGAGAGGGGAGACAUGGGUAACGCGCAAAAGAGGCCCCAUGGCAAAGGGGACGGGUCCCCGCACAACGAGUCUUCGCACUCCCAUCACGGACACUGGAAAGGCAAAUGUGGCAGCUCAGACAAGUACAAAGUCCCACAAGAAAGCAAGGAAAAGGCAGCUAACGGAGCAGUCAAGAGGGGCUCAGUGUCCCCCCAGGCUGAUCAGGCCGGCAGCAGCAGCAAGGAAACUCCAGCAGCUCCAAAUGUUGGCGAACCUGUCAAUCUCGAUGUGCUGUGUGGAGCCCUCCCCUUGUCUCUAUCCCGCUUAAAGAAUGAAGGAAACCUGCUGUUUAAGAAUGGACAGUUUGGCGAAGCGCUGGAAAAAUACUCCCAAGCCAUUCAAGGAUAUAGUGAAGAAGGUAUUGAUAGUCCAGAUGACCUGUGUAUUCUGUACUCGAACAGAGCAGCUUGUUACCUGAAAGAUGGCAACAGUCAAGACUGCAUACAGGACUGCACACAAGCUCUGGAGCUACAGCCUUACUCCCUCAAGCCCCUCCUGCGGCGGGCCAUGGCUUAUGAGUCCCUGGAGCGCUACCGUAAGGCCUACGUGGAUUACAAGACGGUUCUCCAGAUAGACGUCAGCGUGCAGGCAGCACAUGACAGUGUCAAUAGGAUCACCCGCUUGCUGAUUGAGGAGGACGGUGCGGACUGGCGAGAGAAACUCCCGGAUAUUCCUUUGGUUCCUCUUGGGGCACAGCAGCACCGCAGAGAGGAGCCGCCCACCUCCGAAGUCCUCCAGGCUCGGGCUGAGAAGGCUGCCAAAGAUGCAGAAAGGAAAGCAGAAAUUCGUUUUGCAGAUAUGAAGCAAGCUGGGAACGAGUUUGUGAAAAGGGGUCAAUACCAAGAAGCCCUGGGAAAGUAUUCGGACUGCCUUAAGAUAAAGCCAGAGGAAUGUACUAUCUACACCAACAGAGCUCUGUGCUACUUGAAGCUUGAAAGAUUUUCUGAGGCCAAGCAAGACUGUGACGCCGCACUCCAACUGGAGCCAAGCAAUAAGAAGGCUUUCUACAGACGAGCAAUGGCCAAUAAAGGGCUAAAGGACUACCUGGCAUGCAGCACAGACCUCCAGGAGGUGCUACAUCGGGAUCCCAAUGUGCAGGAGGCAGAGAAGGAGUUGGAGGAGGUGACAAUUUUGCUCAAGCAAAGUCUCGUCGACGCGUCACCAACUAAAUCUCGGAAGGUCAUCCCUAUCACAGAGGUGGAUGGGGAUCAGGAAGCAUCAACUGUAGCAAACUCUCAGUCUGACAGCUGUUUCGGGGAAGACUUGAGCAGAAAAUUCCAACCCAGCAACGCGUACGAGUUUGGCCAAGCAUUAAACAACGCCUGCAGUAGUGGCAACAUGGCGGCGUGCGCCGACAUGUUGGCUUCAACAGAUCCAGAGCUACUUCCGCAGUUUUUGAGCACUCAGCUCAAUGGGCGGACCUUCAGCUUCAUCGUCAAAGUGCUAGACUCUCACCUUCUGGAAAAGGACCCCAACCUAGUUUACAAACACCUCAAUCAUCUUCAUACUACUGACAGGUUCUCGGUUGCACUGAUGCUGCUGGAGAAAGACGAGCGGUGCCACGUGAACCAAUUGUUUGAGCACCUGUCAACUGUGGAAGGCACAGAGUUUACUAAGAAUGAUGUUCAGAACCUGGCCAAGAAAUACAUCUGAGCCAUCUGCAUCCUCCCUGCCUGGCCUGAACUGCAUGAGCUGCUGCUGCUGCUGCUGCUGCAUUACCACAACUCUUGGAUCUAUGCAAAACUCCCCAUAAGAUGCGGGAUACUGCAGAAAGUGUUCCAGAGUAAACACAUUCAGUCAAACUGUUCUGUAAAUAAUCUGAGAUUAUCCAGUAUGUUUAAAGAGUGUGUAAGGAAUAUCUAUUUUCUUUGAAGAUAAUUUUGCUAUGGAGAAUUACUUUUUUUACCAGUCUAAUGGAUUCUGUACAAAGGACCUUGAUUGUACUGGAAAAUUGGGCUCAAAAUGAGCCACAUUUUCACAGUGACGUACAGUAGCCCAGUGCUUGUGGUCCUUGCACUCUCUGUCCUUUCAUGUCAGAUGGUUGAUGAAUGAGCUGCUGUCCAAGCUGCUGAUAUUCAGUGCAUGAUGACUUUCAUUUCAGGGAAUUUUAAGCUAUUUAAGACUUUCCUUGCCUUUGGGAAAGAUCACACUCAUAGGAUAUACUGUAUUAUUAUGGAAGAUACAGGUUGGCAUAGAACUGUUUGGCCACUAACAGCAACACCACCUGUGGAAAAUACAACUCAAAACUUUAAAUCAUGA